AUGGUGGAGGUUCCUGGUUCUGUUGGCACAAGUGCAAGCCUUUCCUUGAGAUUAGGUCAAACAUUGUUAGCAUUUGGUGCUCUUCUCUUCAUGACCAUCGGUGUUCGUUUCUACCAAUUCACAGCUUUCUGCUACUUGGUGACGAUCAUGGCUUUAGCUAUACCAUGGAACUGACUGACACUAGCAAUGGUAGAUAUCUAUUGUGUUCUUCUCAACCAACCAUUUCAAAAGCCACGAAUCCUUCUCGCCAUCUCAAUUGGUGAUUGGGUGGUGUCUGUUCUAGCGUUGGCUUCAGCUUCAUCAGCAGCCAGUGUUGUGGAUCUUUUGCGAUCAGACGAAUCAGUUUGCCCUCCAACAAUCUGCAACAGAUACCAGUUUGCAGCCACAUUAGCUUUCUUGACUUGGUUCUUGUCUCUUUCUUCUUCUCUCUUCAACCUCUGGUUACUUCCUUCUCUCUGAUCUAAAGAAGAUUAGAUGACAAAGACAACUAAACAAAAUAGAUAGGUAGCAAGAAACAAAAAUGUCAAUAGAAACUCGAUUUUUGUAUUGAUGACAGUUGAUAUAGAUAUACCAAAAAUGAGAGUGAAAAA